AUGGCUACAAUUCAUCAGUAUUGUAGCUUCUUGAAUACAAUUACAAUUACAUUGAUGCUCACAAUUAUAGCUAAACCAGCAGUAGUAUCAGCGACAUUUCAACCAAGUCCAUGGACUUUUGCUAAUGCCACAUUUUACGGCGACGAGACCGCUUCCGCCACCAUGGGGGGAGCAUGUGGAUAUGGAAAUUUGUUUGUGAACGGGUAUGGGACAGACACAGCAGCAUUGAGUUCAAGAUUGUUCAAUAAUGGGUAUGCAUGUGGGACUUGUUAUCAAAUAAAAUGUGUCGAGUCAAAGUUCUGUAACACCAACGUGCCUUACACUACAGUCACUGCCACCAAUCUAUGCCCUCCUAAUUGGUCUCAAGCCUCUGAUAAUGGUGGAUGGUGCAACCCACCACGUUCACAUUUUGAUAUGUCUAAACCUGCUUUCAUGAAAAUCGCAGAGUGGAAGGCUGGUAUCAUCCCUAUUAUGUAUCGCAGAGUACCUUGCGCAAGGAAACAAGGAUUUCGAUUCUCUUUUCAAGGAAAUGGGUAUUGGUUAUUAGUGUACGUGAUGAAUGUGGGAGGUGGAGGAGAUAUAGCCAACAUGUGGGUGAAAGGAAGCAGGACAGGAUGGAUUAGAAUGAGCCACAAUUGGGGUGCUUCUUACCAAGCAUUUGCAACACUUGGUGGCCAAACACUUUCUUUCAAGAUUACUUCUUACACAACCAAAGAAACUGUAUUUGCAUGGAAUGUUGCUCCUUCUAACUGGCGUGCUGGAUUAACCUAUUCCACUUCUAUAAACUUCCAUUGA